AUUUCGCAUUUUAGUGCAUUCCCAAUCAAACGAACCAACUGCUGAAAACUUUUCGAUGAUUUUAUUGGGGAAUAAAACUCCCAGGAUAUCAAAAUCUGCUGCCAUUUAACAUAAGGAAACAAUGCGCUACUGUGUUAUUGUGGACCUGAAUUCACACUUUUUAUUUACCCUUUUCAGCUUGGUGAAACCUUUUCCCUCGGAGAAACCUCUGUAUGGCAAAUUGAGCAAAAAAAAUAAAUGCAGUCAUUGCAUUGGGGAAAGCUCCAACCGAGACAAGCGAAAAUUUCAAAAGCCCUGGGGUAAAAACAAAAUUUGAGGCCCCCUGCAAGCAAAGCGAGCAGAAAAUUUCAAAAACAAGAUUGAAAUCAAGAGCAUUUUAAAGGCUUUUGAAAUUUUGCAUUGGGCCCCCCAAAAUAGAAGAAUUUUAGGGGGCCCAUGGAUAAAUGCGUCACUGGAUUCAUCUCGUUUUAAUCAAGUCACAUUUCGUGUCAAAUCUGAAAUUCGAGUAAAAUCGAAGGCCUUAGUUUACAUUUUUAAGAAACUGCGGCGCGUUCAGAAAUUGAAAUUGUUAAGCAUGGCUUGACGAGUUUUUGUGUCUUCAGGCGGGUUUCCGCUUUAUUCGCUCUGGUCGCGCGAUUGAGCGAAUGCACAUUGGGACAUGCGCAAAUUGAACUUCCACGUUUGCUGCGAAUGCGCGACCUUUCGCUGAGUAGUUCAACCAAGGUUCAACUCAGUUGAACUACUAGUCGACUGGUCGCGUUCGCCGAUUCGCUGAGGUGUUGAUUCAAUUUCGCCAAGUCGCGCGACCAGAGCGAAUCAAGUGGAAACCGGCCUUUCAGUUCCUUUUCCGGAACGCCAACCUGAAACGAGUUUUUCUUUGAAAGAAGAUGGAUGAGCGGUCAUUAGUUAAGAUCUGUUUCUUCCAAGAAAGCGAAGUAAAAUGCUAACAGAUUGGAGCAUGCAACAAUGGCCAGUUGUUAAAAUUACCCAAUGAUUUAAGCUUAUUUACUAUUUUAAAACUGCGGCUAGAAAGCGCAGGGUGGUGCCAAACUCAAAAAUUUCGUUCCUUUUUGAUCAUCUCGUUCAUUAUACUCAACUUCCUAUUGACAAUCUUUCUCCUUUUAUAUCUAUGCUCUAGCAUUGCAUGAUAUUACGAAAGUUUCUGAAAAUCACUCUAAUUACACGAUAUUCUGAUUACCUGAAGGCCUAUUUCCACUUGAUUCGCUCUGGUCGUGCGACUUAGCGAAAACGAAUUAACAAAUCCGCGAAUCGGCGAACGCGACACGUCGCUCACUACUCGGCGAAUGAUCGCGGCGAAUGAGUGAGUUUCUAAACAUUGUCAUUACGUCAUUCUUGUAUAAAUACCCUCAGAAUCAACAGUGCAAGCAACGACAGAUUUUUUGGGUUGUGAUGUAAUAAAAUCUAUGUUUAGAAAUUUUGAAUUUGGAUCCCUUUACCUGAAAGAUAUCGUGAAAUAGCUCUAAGUGUGCAAAUCAAUUAAUUGUGUCACGAAUUGGCAACAGCAGAACAUAACAAGAUUGGUAAGCGUGUGAAAACAGUAGAGAAAAUCUAAUGAAAUCAAAGGAGCGUACAAGGCACAUCCCGGAACAUUUACCAAUCGGCUGACAAGGAACUCCCGCCGUAAAGUUUCGAUUGUUUUAUAGUUACAACAUAGGAUACGGCGAAAAUUUUCCUGUGAAUCGCUACAAAGCUUGACAUUUCAGUUGAUAAGUUCAAAUUGAUUUGACAGGCUGAUGACUGGAUGAGACUCAGCUAAAUAAGAAAUAUGUGUCCUUGAUUUUAUAAUACCAAUUUUGCCUGACUAAGAUCAAUGCAGUUUAAUAGUUGAUCAUAAGAUUUUUAAACAUGGAAGGUCCCUGUUAAGAAAAAGUUCUCGUGUGUCAAAUUGACUAAUCAAAGUCUCUCAGUGUCAUAAAACACGUUAUUGAAAUUAUAUGAAAUAUCUCAUGCAAAAUAACUAAAAUUUGUUGCAAAUUUACUGAGAUAUAACGAGAAUCUGCCUGGCUUUGUUUGGUGUGAAAUAUGUAAGAAUACGAUAGAUCUAAGCAGUGCCUUGCCGGUACGAGAAUGUUUAACUGAUCAGUAAAACGAAAGAUAACUUUCUUAAUAAAAGUUUCUUGAAUAAAUGUUUGAGUGGUUCUGUUUACAUAUUGAGUAGUCAAAAAGAGAGAUCCCUUGCCUGCAAACUUGGGGGAUUCUCUUCUCUUGGAAUAUUGAAGGCCUCCUGCACCACAGUUGGUCUCUUCCAGCAGUUAUGAUUUAAGGAAACGACACUUUGAGAAAGCGCUCAACGACACGUUGAUAUUCAGAGAUAAUUUAAUGUACUAAACACAAAGCCUUCUUCCAACGCGCUUAUAAUUAAUAUUGAAUACACAAAACUUAACACAAACAAAAUCUGUUACGCUCUAGCUUAAAGAGGGUGUCUCAACAGAACUUUGUAGUCAGUGGACUCAGUGGACUCAGAACUCAGUGGCGGAUUUAAGGGGGGGCAACUAGGGGCAGUUGCCCCUCCCUCAACGAGUUGAAGCAAUUCUGGCGCCCCUCUUUUGGAAAUUGUGCGCCCCUUUUGAAGCAUGAGAAUCAGAUGAAAAAUGUUUUUGGGCUGAUAGGUUAAUUUGCUUCAAGGGUUACCUCAAAGUUAUGUUGUUUAUUCUGAAAAGGUAUCUGAAAUUGUUGUAUACAACGUACUCUCGUAACCAAUUUUUGAAAAUGUUUCAGCGCCCCAGCUGCUCUGGAUCCGCCCCUGUGUAUUCUUGCACCAAAAGUUUAUUUAUGUAUAACAUCAUCAAAUGCACAAUUACACUGGUAUGCGACUGAAAUGGUCAGAUCACGUUGAUGUUUGGUUUUUUUGCUCAAUUUUUCAAACUUUUUUCGAUAAUAUCAUCAGGUUUUAAAAAUUCCAAGGUUGAGCUUUUGCUGACCGUGCAUUUUUCACGCUUCAGUAAUGUGACCUUUGGUCAUUUGCCAGAAUGUUCACAAGGCUUAAAAUGAUCGCGGUUUAAACUUUAAAAAUUUCGGUCAGGCAGGUUGUUACAUGGUUUCAGAAAAUCCCUGUCUAAAAAUAAAACAAAAUAUCCGGCUAUUUCCUUUAGUCAUUUUAACCCGAACCAAGAAACCUAAAUCCGGAUAUGACACUUUCUUACUUUCUGUUGUUUAAAUACAACAGCUGUUACGAGCUCGAGGGUUCUCAAAAGAGAAAGUUUGUGUUGGGACUCAGUCAUGUCUUCCGACUGCGGCUUGGAUUCAAAUGCAACCAUUCGUUUCUCGCUGUCGUUAAUGGACAAAGCACUGGUGACUUCAACGCUUUCCAUACUCGCAUUUUUGUGCAUAACUUCAAAUUUUCUUGUCUGCUAUAUAAUUGCUACUCGAAGGACAACGAAUUCAACAGCAAGGCUGUACGUCUUCUCCUUGGCAUUAACUGAUGUUAUGGUUGGACUCUUCUCCAUACCUUUCUUUAUCCUGCUGUUUAUGACUAAGUCCGACCCUGGAGAACAAGCCCGUGCUUUACAGUCGGUAUUCACUGUAGUCGAUUUAACUUUGCAGUUGGCCUCCAUCACACACUUAUGUAUGAUGAGCGUUGAUCGAGCUUUGGCUGUAGUCAAGCCUUUCUACCACAAGAAAGUUGUGACGAAAUCAAAAGUAUUAAAAUCAUUAAUUAUUCCUUGGACAGCAGGAUUUUUAAGUGGAAUUAGCUACUUGUUUUUGCCACAAAGUUUGCUUGCGUUCUUUGCUUACUUUAUGGUCAUUGCUGGGCUGUUUUAUGUUUUGCCAAUCAUCAUAAUGAUAAUUUGCUAUGCUUGCAUAUUCAAGGCAAUAAGGACCAGGAACAAAUCAAAGGUUGGAGAAAGAAUAAACGAAUUUAGACUCGCCAGGACCAUCCUAGUCAUCAUCUUAACGUUCGGCGUCUGUUGGACGCCAUUGACAAUUCAUAGUUACUAUAACAUUUUCAAAGUUUUCAUGACUUGCUAUAGACACGAGUUUAGCUGGGUGGAUGUUCUUAUCAAAGCCAUUAAUUACUUGAACUCGACAUUAAACCCGUUUAUCUACGCCAUACUCCAUCCGCAGUUCAGAGUAGGAUUUUGUGAGUUGUGCAAACGUCGCAGAAAAACCUUUACCCAUGCGCUAACAAGUGGUGAUCACCAUGUAACCCAGCUUUGAUGGACGAAACUUUUAAUACAGAAUUGAAAUAAAGCUACACGGAAGAGUUUUAAGGUGGCACACCCUUGUUGUCAAAUGAACCAAGGAGACAGUUUUAAGAAAAUGCGAGCUUAAUCUUCAGCAGCUGUGUUUCUCUUUUUGUUAUAUUUCUGUUGUAAAUUAGCCUUAAUCUCAAACUUUGAUUAUUAUUUGUAGAAUCACGGGUUUUUUGUAUUGAUUGUUCUCUUCAAAAAUUAAUAAGCUGAAUUUUCUAAUAUACUUAUGAGGCUGUGAUAAAAGAUGGCCUUUUUGUUUACUCUGCAACCCGUUGGUAAACAACCAGAAGGUUUACAAUACUCUCCUUUUACAUAAAUUUCAAAGCCCUUUGAAGAUGAAACUGAAUGUACUGUAUUAAUCGGCCAUCAACUGAGUAUUCUUUUAGUCAACUAAUUUUUUUAGCUUGCCAAUCUUGUCAGGAAUAAAAUUCGGUUAGCAAAAGAUUUUCUGUCCAUUAGAGACAACAGAUAAGGGUAAUGGUUUGAAAAUACUCGCAGCAACAAAAUUAACUGAAAAUUAACUAGUUGGUACUGCAGUGGCAAAACAUGAAGUACAUUAAGGGUUGACAGAACUCAGUUUUCAUUGGUUUGCACGUAGAACUACACAUCCAUAUUCAUAAAUACAUAACAAACAAGCAACAUAACAAGUAAUCUGUUACUCUAAGCAAACGAGCUGCAUGGAAUUGUAUGAAAUACUUCGAUCCCUUAAUUAGACAGUAGAUGCAAAGAGACAUCACAACCAUUUAUCAAAGCUGACCCCUUAAUAAGGGUAAAACGCCCCUAAUUCAAUUUCAUAUCACAGAAUCUUAAGAAGAAAACAUAUUGCUGAACCCCAUGAGUUGCACAGGGUUUGUUUUACAUCUCGGGUCAUUGCAUGUAAUACCGCUCUAUUAAGCCCCCUGGGGCUAAUUUAUUUUUUUCAGUCCUAGAGGGGGGGCUUAAAAGAGAGGGGGCUUAAUAGAGCUUUUACAGUAUAUGAUUAAUUGAUUUGAAAAACUUUAAUCCUAUGUCAGUUUGAUCAUAUGACAAAUAACUAACUCGCAUGAGCUACUGAAUGACAAUGAAAUUGCAGCGUAUGGGAUUUCUUUUCUUUUUCUUUCAAUUGGGGAAGGUAACUCUAUAUUCUUUUUAUCGCUGAACAAACAUGGUGAAUUUUGGAAUAAUUUUACAGCGAGAUGAUCCCAUCUCUAUCAAAUCUUGUUUCAUCCAAAACUUGCACGCCUUUUGACAACUAGAAUUGAUUCGAAAACCCUAUUAAAUAACUGUAAAAUCGCAAAUUUUGCUCAAUACAUUGUAUGAAUGUUCAACAUCGUUCUUGUUCAUUGGCUGUUAUAUUUACAGCAUGAUGUCAGCAACUGUGAUAUUUUCACCACGAAUGUCAUUCCUUUGGAACUGAAAGAAGACAAUGUCAUGUCAUCGUGUUAUUCGGCCAAUCAACAACUGCAGCCUCCUUCUGACUGACUAUGCUCCUGUGGCGUGUCCUUUAGUUUUACUUCAAUCAUGUCCUCUUUUUUCUCUUGGGUAUUUUCCAUGCCAGGCAAAGCUGCAGCUACCUUCCGAAAUAGCUAAAACACAGAGAUGUUGCAUGCAAAUGAGUGAAAAAUCGCGAGUAGGCUGUGCAUGCUGUUCUGACAACGAUGGAUACUCUGUAUAACAGACGUUCUAUCAUACAAAUUAUAACAUACAAUUUGCUUUUUGUGAUAUGAUCAAUCAAAACAAAUAGCAUAACUAGCGGACAAAAUUAAACAUUGUUUCUUCAAAACCGCCAAUAAAACAAAAGAUCAAACCAAAUGUUACCGGGUGAAAUUAAAACUUCUUUGUCUGUGAGGGAGCCCUUUUAUUAAUUUCGUCUUUCAAAUAAAGGCAUCAGAAAAGAGGCAUUUUCAGCUUAGACCACACCCAAUUGUAUGCUUUGAAAUACCCCAUUAACAAUGGGCUUUUGCGAGCGUGGCGAUGAUCUAAACAAUGGCAGUAAACUUCUACGGAUUAACCAAAAUUGAUUUCAAACUGUCUAAAAAUGCAUUAUGGGAUGCUUGCGUAGCGCAAUGGCUCAUUGUUAGCAAUGAGUCUUUAAAUAGAUCACAGAGGUUUAUUGGCAAAGGAUUUCAGAAAUGCUCGAGCAUGUUUGCUCAAUGUAAACAUUCUGAGCAGGAGGCUACAAUGUUGUUAUUACAUCCCUUCAUGUUGUUGGAUGUUUGGAGCAUCAAUGCAUUGGCUUUCUUUGCGCAUGCAGAAAAAUAUGACACUAACUGGAAAAUGAAAUUGUUAAAGGUUGGACAAAGUUAAAUUAAUGAUCAUAAUUAAGCCAAUUGAUUGAAAAUCUUGCUAGAUGAAAAGUGCAGAAGCAAAAAGAGGGAGGGUAACACCCUGUUUCUGGAGCCAGUCCAGUACAAGUGCAGAUUGAGGGGCUGUCAUCUAGCUCAAUCUCAUUGUUUGUGUUGGGAGCACAUUUUGAUACUGUUUUGGUCAUGGAGAACAAAUUUCUCCAACCUUGGUAAUGGGCUGUAUUCCUACUCCAAAUUCUCAUGAACAAGCUUCAAAGAGCCAGUCAAUUAAGGAGAUAUCAUGAUGUAUACACAAGGGAA